AUGGACGAUACCGAUUCCAGCUACACUUGGAUACUGUUAGUUGGCGUGGUUGUAUUUCUGUUUGUUAUAGUUGUGCUUUUAUGCUUUACAAAGGCUAGCGGAGAACGAUUAUUUUAUUCUGGGGAAGAUUCCAUAUACGAAGAAGCCAUUGUUGAAACGCCUGCAUUGCUCGCUACUUUAUCAGAAGAUGCUCGAUUGAGCUACGAACAAGCUAAAUCAUUUCAAACAAGACAUCCGCCAGAAAGUAUACCAACAGACAUCACAUUAUCACAGUAUGUUAGCAUUCAAGAGAAAGGCGUUGCAGCAUUUGAAUUUGAAUGGGACAUGGAGACCACGAGUUUUGUGUCUGCCAGAACUGAAAUACAGUUCUUUUCCGGCGAAUGCUGUGUGCAGACUAAUUUACCCUUGCCAAGAAAUCAAGAAGUUUACUACUGGGAAGCCAAAAUGUUUGAGAAACCUACGAGCACAAUAGUUUCUGUUGGUGUAGCGACCAAACCUUACCCUUAUUGGCGGUUACCAGGCUGGAACAAGCACUCGGUGGGAUAUUUCAGUCAUACAGGCAACAAGCACUUUAACAACCCUUUUGUUGGACGACCGUAUGGAUUUGCGUAUGAUGAAGGUGAUGUGAUUGGUGUCGGCUACCGUCAUCGCACAGGCACCGUAUUUUUUACACGAAAUGGACGAAAACUGGACGAAGCUUGUUUUGGGUUAAGGUAUAAUCUGUUCCCCACCAUUGGAGCCAAUGGUCCUUGCCAGAUCCAUGUAAACUUGGGACAAAUGGGAUUUGUAUUUGUUGAAGCAAAUGUAAAGAAAUGGGGAUUAGCACCAGCGCAAGGAUCGUUAGCCCCUCCCCCUGCUUACGGUUAUGAGGCUGGAUCCUUAUUGUUAGAAAGAGGAAGGACGGGUGAGACGAGUCAUCUACUAGGAGAAGGAGACAGAGGAAGAGGAGCUGAAAGAGCAGGAGAUAUACCCUCAAUUACUGAACCGAGCAGCGCAACAGACGAUACUGACGAUAGUGAUGAUAAUACACCAUUGAUCCAGCAUGUUCGUAGUGCCAAUAAUAACAAUUAUGCAUCAAUACCUAUACCAGCCCGUCGUCGAGAAGGAGCACCCACUUGCUCUCCACCUUCAUAUUCGACGUUUCCUAGACUGUCGUUACUAAUGAGAAGAGGAAAUAGCAGCAGCAAUCAGGAGGAAUUUGAGAGAAAUCAACGGGCGAAUCUAGUUUAA